GCUGGCCAGAGAAGAAAGGUCCAGGAAAGGUGGGGUUGAGUGUAGACAGAGUCAGUGAGCUGCACAAAGUGCACACAUAGCUAAUAAGCCUAUGAGUGUUCUAGCAGAGUGCAGCCAUCCUGGAGUCCAUGUAUGCCACACAUGAGAGAAGUCAGUGCUCCUUAGCAAGCUGCUGACUCGACCUUGGCACCCAAGCAAAGCUUGCGUAACUGAGUUCAUUGAGCAAUGAGUUGGAAUAAAAAGGGCACAAGCAUCUGAGGCUGGAACAGAAUGGAACAAGAAUGGAGCGGGACCCUGAAGGGUCUCUCCACAGUACAUAACAAAACAGAUAAUGGCCUGGACUGCAGCUGAAGUUUCUUCAAUAUGUCUUCCUCAUUUCCAUAGUCAGAGUAAUCAGACAUAAAAUUUUUUGAUGACUUUGCAAACUAGUCAACAAUUCAGCACAAAGGCAUCCGGAGUCACGCUGGCAUGUUGUGACUGAAUCAUAAGGCUACGUGGGAUUUGUCCCAUUCUGAAAAUGCCCGAACCAUGAACACAGAGGCAAGUGAAGUCAAAUGUCAAAGCCAGCACUGACUGAGAGAGACUUGUAACGCAGACUCCACAAUCCGUGGGGAAGUUUUCUGCUGUGCAUGGAAUACAGGCGACAACCAGAAAAUGACAGCAAGUCUUCUAAGAACAGCUCUUGCUUUACUCUCACUUGGCCUCUGUGGGGUCCUGGAGGCGACAAUAUCAUGCAGAAACGAAGAAGGGGAUGCUGUGGACUGGUUUACCUUUUACAAGUUACCUAAAAGGCAAGACCAGGAAAGUAGAAAGACUGGGUUAGAGUAUCUAUACCUAGACUCUACAACCAGAAGCUGGAGGAGGAGUAAACAGCUGAUGAAUACCACCAAGAGUGCUUUGGGGAGGACAUUAGAACAGCUAUACAAAGCAUAUGCCUCUAAGAACAACACUGCCUAUCUAAUGUACAAUGAUGGAGUCCCUAAAUCUGUGAAUUACAGCAGAAAGUACGGACACACCAAAGGUUUAUUGCUGUGGAACAAAGUCCAGGGGUUCUGGCUGAUUCAUUCUAUCCCCCAGUUUCCUCCAAUUCCUGAAGAAGGCUAUGGUUAUCCGCCCUCAGGGAGACGCAAUGGACAAAUUGGCAUCUGCAUAACUUUCAAGUACAACCAGUAUGAAGCUAUAGAUUCUCAACUCUUGGUCUGCAACCCAAACAUUUAUAGCUGUUCCAUCCCUGCUACAUUUCACCAAGAGCUUGCUCACAUACCCCAGCUGUGUGCCAGGUCCAGCCCCUCGGAGAUGCCUGGCCGGCACCUCGCCUCACUUCAGUCGGCCCAGGGACAGAACUUCCUCCAUUUUGCAAAGUCUGAUUCUUUUCUUGAUGACAUCUUUGUAGCCUGGAUGGCUCAACAUUUGAAGACACAUUUAUUAACUGAAACCUGGCAGCGAAAGAGACAACAGCUUCCUUCAAACUGCUCCCUUCCUUACCACGUCUACAAUAUCAAAGCAAUUAAGAUAUCUGGACACUCUUAUUUCAGUUCUCAUCAGGAUCAUGCCAAAUGGUGUGUUUCCCAAAAAAGGACCAAAAAUCGCUGGACAUGUAUUGGAGACCUAAAUCGGAGCCCAUAUCAAGCACUCAGAAGUGGGGGAUUCAUCUGUACCCAGAAUCAGCAUAUUUACCAAGCAUUUCAAGGAUUAGUUUUGUAUUAUGAGAACUGUAACUAAACCUGGUGAAUGGACAUAUAUACUAUCAUUUUCAAUAUUGACAAUGGAUCUUCUUCCAUUAGAUUCAUUCUUUAUAUCUUAAAAGCCUAUGAGUGUAUGUAUAAUCCAAAGAUUAUCAAGCAAAACACUUUUCUCCCAUAUUUACCAUUUGUCUUCUAAUUAGUGGCAAUUUUAUUUACUUUGUACUUAUUCCCUAAGCAUAAGCUACCAUAUAUAACUAAAAUGUGAAUGAAAGAAAAAAUAUUUGCUCCAUAUUAGUCCACUCAAUUGUUCACAGACUGACUGGUAAUCUUGUGAAUUAAAUUUCAUCUCUAUCACAAAAAAUGUCCCUGACUCUCCUACCCACCUUAUUUUUUUAAAGGAAAAAACAUCUCUUUCUCUGUGUACUCCAUGCUGUUUACACUUAUUCCUUUUAAAUUUCUUUCUCAUUGGUUUAUGGUUAAGCCAUGUCAUUCUUGCAGCUGCUACUUACUAAUUGCAUGAUCUUGGAUCAUUCACUUGAACUCUCCGAGCCUUAGUUUUCUUACCUAUGAAAUGGAGAAAAUAAGUCUGACACCGAGGUGGCAAUGCUAGUAGAAUUUUAAUCUGAAGUCCCACACCCAGCUAGAAAAGACAAAAGUUUAGAAAUGAGUAAUGUGCUUCCAAAAAAAAUUCUAAGUCAGAUUAGGAAAAAGAAAAAAAAAA